AAGUGAAUUUAUGAGUCAUGAGGUUGUGGUUUUCCGGUUAGUUUAGCUGUGUUAGCUAGCUGUCGUUACACCUCGUCAUAACACUAGCGCUGUUUUGGGCUGAUUAGCUAGCUAACUAUCGACAUGUGUGUUACUUUACUAGUAACAUUUAAUGUAAUCAACUAAUAUAAUUUUUUUCUUAUAAUGACUAAUUUUAGGUAUAGAAAUCCUGAAACAUCCUAUUGGCUGUGUGUAUAGUCGAGUUUGAAUAUUUAUCUGGUUAGGUUAACGUGUAAGCCAAUUACAGGAGGGGAUGUUCACUUAGCCGGCUGAUUGCUGAGGUCAGGACAAAUCACUGGUCACUCUGACACCGCGACACUACUUCAUUGUUUUAUAGGUUGAUCUGCUGCUCAUCCAAAGUUUCUUCCGAUCACAAUGCCUGGUUCUGUCCCUGCGAGCUAUUCAGACACUUGGCCCAAAGAUGUGGGCAUCAUUGCUAUGGAGGUCUACAUUCCCUCCCAGUAUGUAGACCAGGCGGAACUGGAGGAGUUUGAUGAUGUUGGAGCAGGGAAGUACACCAUCGGUCUUGGGCAAGCGCGAAUGGGUUUCUGCUCAGACCGGGAGGACAUUAACUCGCUGUGUCUGACCGUGGUGCAGCGGCUUAUGGAGAGAAACUGCUUGUCGUAUGACAGCGUGGGAAGACUCGAGGUGGGCACAGAGACCAUCAUCGACAAGUCGAAGUCAGUGAAGACAGUAUUAAUGCAGCUGUUUGAGGAAUCCGGAAAUACAGACGUGGAGGGAAUCGACACCACUAACGCAUGCUACGGAGGCACCGCUGCUCUUUUCAACGCUGUCAACUGGGUGGAGUCCAGCUCCUGGGACGGUCGCUACGCUCUGGUUGUGGCUGGAGAUAUCGCGGUGUAUGCAACAGGCAGUGCCAGGCCUACAGGAGGCGCUGGAGCAGUGGCCAUGUUGGUAGGGCCUAAUGCACCUCUGGCAUUUGAUAGAGGCCUACGAGGGACCCAUAUGCAGCACGCGUAUGAUUUCUAUAAGCCUGAUAUGGUGUCAGAGUAUCCUGUAGUUGAUGGCAAGCUCUCCAUCCAGUGCUACCUCAGUGCAUUGGACAGAUGUUACUCUGUCUACCGCAAUAAAAUUCAAGCCCAGUGGCAAAGAGAGGGCCUUGAGAGACGUUUCAGUCUGAAAGACUUUGGCUACAUGGUCUUCCAUUCUCCCUAUUGUAAACUGGUUCAGAAGUCUCUGGCUCGACUCCUGCUCAACGACUUCCUGUCUCAUCCCAACCCCGACAUGGAGAGUGGGCCUUUCAGCGGCCUGGAGGCCUUCAGGGAUGUGAAGGCUGAGGACACAUAUUUUGACCGUGAUGUGGAGAAGGCCUUCAUGAAAGCCAGCGCAGAGAUGUUUGAGCAGAAAACCAAGGCCUCCCUGCUCAUAUCCAACCAGAAUGGCAACAUGUACACACCAUCUGUGUAUGGUUGUCUGGCUUCCAUUCUAGCACAAUUUACACCUCAGGAGUUGGCAGGUCAGAGAAUUGGCUUGUUCUCAUACGGAUCAGGCUUCGCUGCCACACUCUACUCGAUCAGAGUGACACAAGAUGCUACACCUGGCUCUACGCUAGAUAAACUGGUUUCCAGUCUGUCAGAUCUGCAGGCCCGACUGGACUCUAGGAAGAAGGUUCCACCUGCUGUCUUUGCAGACAACAUGAAGCUUAGAGAGGAGACCCAUCACUUGGCAAACUACGUCCCCCAGGGUUCAGUGGACGAGUUGUUCCCAGGAACAUGGUAUCUAACGCGUGUGGAUGAGAAACACCGCAGAUAUUACACUAGACGUUCCCUGGAUGAACACGGACCUCUGGAGGCAGGACUUCUUAAUUCCGUGACCGCGUCCGAGCACAUCCCCAGCCCGGUGAAGAAGAUGCCCCGCAUCCCAGCCACCACUGCUGUCCCUGAGGCAGUCACUAUUACUAAUGGGGAACAUUGACGUUAACCUCAGUGAGGUUAUUCAUACUGUAGGUGACAAUAAGGACACGUGAUCCAGGCGAAAACGAAAAAAGGUCAAGGCAGGGCUUUCUGUCUUGGUCUUGAGACAUUUCUGAACAAGGAUAGAUUUUUUAAAUAUUCCUGGAUAGGAUUGGUUAUUCUGUCAGUUUAAGCUGUUCUUAUAUACACGUUGGUGUGGUAAGAGAAUGGUGGAAAGUGGGUGGUACCAUCAUGACAAAUAACAACAUAUUUUUUGCGAAGUAAUGAGCACAAUGUGGCAAAGUGUACAUGACUGCUGCUCGGAGCCCACAAUCUAUGCACAGACAAAGGGGAAUGUUUUUUUUUUGUUUUUGUUUUUUUUGGGGAGGGGUUUUUUCCCCCUCAAAUAAUCCUCAGUCUGAUUUCACAUCAGGUUUCUUUUUAGGAUCUUUUGUUUGCAUUGGAAAUUAGUGGAAAUGUUUUGAGGAAGAGAUAAUAAGAAAAUCAGGCCCAGCUGAGUAAGGGUGGGAGUAAAGGGAUGUUGACCUUUUUUUUUUUUUACUUUUUUUUUUUCUUCCUCAUGCUGUUUUUCAGUAAGCAGUGCUGCUGCUUUUUUACCCCACAUUUCUGACAUUUUCUUUCAAUUUGGAAGCAUGUGUAAAUAUCAUGUCUUGUUUUGGUUUUUGUGCUUUUUAAUAAUUAUAUUACUAGUCCAUAAGUGUAGUCCGUUGUGUGUCACCAUGACCAUUGUCGUAUCAGCACAGCUGAGUCAACUGAAAAUUCUUCUUAAUUUUCUCUGCAAUUAUAGUCCUCGCCACCUGCUAUCUUGAGCUCUCCCUUUAUUAAAUGGUUGCUACCAACCUGGAUGCUGCUUCCUGUCACCACAUCUUUCUCUCUGGGUAGUUGAAUGUGCGUGUAAGAGCACACCAACCCAAUAAGAGCAUGGCCCAUUGUGGCUGUUGGUGCAUGUGGAACUGUUGAUCCAGCGUUGUAUCCAGUGAGACAUCCUUUAUAUCUUACUGCACCAUUUGAGAGCCACCGUUUAAUGAGUUAACGUGAUGUUAAAGAUUCUGCGAUGUGCAUUCUCAAUUACAGUCAUGGUCAGUUUUGCAUCAAGAUGGUGAUAUGUAACCAACAACUAAAAAAUACCAACACUAGGUAGUGUUCUGUUAUUAACGGAGAUAAAUUUAGGCCAUACGGUUGGCUGGAUCUGUAAAACUGAGGAUAAAUGUAGUUCAGAAUGAAGUUAAGGUAUUGUAUAAUUAUUGAUCACCAGAGUAUAAGUGAAAGUAAUAUUAGUUGUUUAAUAGAUGUAACUGCACUUUUUGUUUUUGUUUUUUAAAACAAUUGGGACCACUAAAGCAGGGAAGGAUUAAAGGAAAGACAGAUGUACUCACUAUCUAUAAAUCAGGCUCAUUGAAGCUGUUGACACAGUGAUGAUCGGAACUCUUGAGAAAUUCACAUACUUUUUGUUUUUAAUGUGUUCUGGUUGUGUGUAGUCUUUCAUUCUGUCGGUUCUUGAGCCCCCUUGCCUUUGGUUGUGCCAAAUUUAAAAAGCUUACAAAAUAUCAUUUGCCGUAUAUUGUGUCUGGGAUCAUUCUGAUACUGCAGGCAGGUUUUUAUUUGAUGAAACUGGAUGUAAAAGCAGAACUUGUUUUCACCAUACACUAGGGACUGACGGAUAAUGUCAUAAUGCAGUUUCGCUACAAGUAAAUAAAUAACGUUAACCUUUCGAACAAGAGUUCAGUUGUCAAUGACCUGGAGUCCAAGAGAGUUAAACUGCACUGUAGAACAUAAAAUCUAGGGUUAUUAGUGCACCCUAGUGCUUUACUGUAUCAUUUGGUGUCUUUUAAAGCAGCAUCACAUUCAUGAAUGCAGUUUCUCUGUAGAGCAUUUAAAGAGACCUUAUCAGCAUGAUUUAAAUGUGUGGUUGUUUUUUUUUAAAUAAUAUACACACACGCACACGGGUAACUCUGUGGAAGUUUCAUAGUGGCUGAUGGUAAUCAGGCCCUAGCUUACAAAACAGUGGUGUCGUUUUCCUCUUUCCCAAUGAGCAAUGUGUAUAAAGAGCUUAAUUUGCUCAGUAAUAAUAAAUAUUAAAUAUAAAUGCCAGUGCCUCAGACUGGUUAGAAUCACUUGUAGACAUUUUCAUUUCAUUGAGGAGAUUUUUCUGUAUGGGAUUUGUUUGAUGUCAUUCAAUGUUUUUAAAGAAACACAAAUAAAUCUGAAUAAUGUAAUGAAUAGCUAUAUAUACUCUCUUAAAGAAACGGGUGCUAAACUGUACCUUUUCCUGUUGUGGUGGUACACUUAUCUUUUGUACCUUUUUAAUAUAUAUCUUGUACCUGCAAAUUGUACCUUUUUUAAAAGAUUAUUUUUCUUUAUUGUAGCUAUAGAAAAAAAGAUUUAAUGUACAUUAUUUAAGUGAUAAAGCUUUAAAGGUAUACGAUAUACAUCUUUCUAGGUAACAGAUAUAUACUAAAGGUACAAAAAGGUGUACGCAAAGAAUAGUGCAGUGUAGUAUAAUUUUUUUUUCUUUCUGAGAGUGUGUGUGUGUGUGUGUGUGUGUAUAUAUAAUAAUGUAUUGCAGCCAGAACAAAUUGCCUCAAUAGUUUUAACUUGAAAUGGCUAAUGUUUACAAGAAAUUUAACUGUGAUCAUUUACUUAUACCGAUUUUUGGUGAGUAAUGUACAGUACUAGCCGUAAAAUUAUUUAUAUUUGUAAAUGCAAAAAAAAAAAAAGUAUCUGAUCUGGCGUAACUUGCAGAAAACAAGCUAUAUAUAAAUAAUGUAAUCUAUGUAAGUAUGUAUGAAAUGAAAGUAAAGAUCUCUUAAAUUA